CACUGGCUGUUCACGGAGAGCGCGCGCGCGUUACACACUCGCUUCAUUUGACAAACACAAGCUGAGCGCAACAGUAGCCGCCGUGCCUGAAGAUCUGAGAGAGCAGCCGCCGCAAAUGACAGCAUCACCGCGACCAUUUGAGGCGAUAAAGACAUGCUCGACAGGUUUAUUUCUCUAGCAGGCUAUUCGUCAGUGGUUAAUAAUGUGUGAAGGCUCAGCUUCAAGCCAGGAAUGAAGACGCGCCAGACGCAUCCACUCACUGACUGGGCAUCGCGUUUCGAAAACGAACCUGAGCUUCGACCGACUGGACAGACCCGACAACAACCGAAUACAUCCGAGACUGGCGUUAUAUUCUCCGAGGCACUGUUUUGCUGAUAAUUCGCACAUUUUAAUUUCGCCCUAAUGACGGACACGUUGUCAGUCUUGUGCGCUUGAUGCCGUGCAUGCAAAACCUGAGUGAACUUAACAGGUAAACACAGUUUUACUUCGUUCUUGUGCUUAUUGUUGUUUUACUUUUGACGUUAUUUUGCAUGAUGUGGCUAUUUUGUGCAUUUGUUUCGUCGUUUGAUUGAAUAUUUUCAUGAACUAAUAAUGGUGCUAGAUGAGGCUUAUGGAGAAAUCACAGGCUGGAUGGCGCUUCGCAUCCGCGCGCUGUCAUCUCCUCACCGGGUAAAGUGAACGUCUCACCGGGGAGAAAGGCUUCAAAACCUGUUCGCGUAAGACUGCACUGAAACUUUAAGGAUUCACGAUGUCUAAAACGCUCAAGAGGAAGAAACACUGGUCUACUAAAGUGCAGGAGUGCGCCGUGUCGUGGGGAAGCGUCGGGGAGUUCGGGGAUGUUGUGGAGAUCCUCGGAGGCGCCGAGCUCGGGGAGUUCCCGUUUCUCGGUCAGAUGAACUUGGACGUGCUGGUGUGUCAUGUUGGGAGACUACCGUACUACGGGGAUGUGUUACUGGAAGUGAACGGGACACCUGUCAGCGGGCUGACGAACCGAGACACGCACGCGGUGAUCCGCCACUUUCGGGAGCCGAUUCGAAUUAAGACCGUCAAACCAGGUAAAGUGCUGAACUCUGAUUUGAGGCAUUAUCUCAGCCUGCAGUUUCAAAAAGGAUCAAUCGACCACAAACUGCAGCAAGUGAUCCGAGACAACCUGUACCUGCGCACCAUUCCAUGUACCACUCGGCUGCCCAGAGAUGGGGAGGUUCCAGGAGUGGACUAUAAUUUCAUCAGCGUGGGGGAUUUUCGCAUCCUGGAGGAGAGUGGAUUACUGUUGGAGAGUGGGACAUAUGAUGGUAAUUUUUAUGGGACUCCCAAACCUCCUGCUGAGCCCACCUUGGUUCAGCCGGAUCUGGUGGAUCAGGUUCUGUUUGAGGAGGAUUUUGGCCCUGAAGUUCAAAGAAAGCGAACUACAUCCGUCAGCAAGAUGGACCGUAAGGACAGUGUUGUCCCUGAGGAAGAAGAGGAUGAGGAACGACCACAGCUCCCAAACGGCAUCCCAGAGCGGACGGAGGAGUGGAGGAAAGCAGUGCCCAGUUACACUCAGUCCAGCGGUGCAGGAGGCAGCGGCACACUGGAGAUCCGCACCUGGAGCUCUUUACCCAGAGACGACAGCCUGGAGCCCCUGCCCUACAACUGGGAGAUGGCCUAUACAGAGACCGGCAUGGUCUACUUCAUUGACCACAACACGAAGUCGACAACAUGGUUGGAUCCUCGUCUGGUGAAAAAAGCCAAGCCUCCUGAAAAGUGUGAGGAUGGAGAGCUUCCAUACGGAUGGGAGGAGAUUGAUGACCCGCAGUACGGCACAUAUUAUGUAGAUCAUAUUAACCAGAGAACCCAGUUUGAGAAUCCAGUCGUAGAGGCCAAGAGGAAACUGGGUCUGGACACUGCAGUGGCGACUCAAACCCAACAGAGGGCAGCACCUCCUCCAGGUGGAGCGGCUGGUACACCCGGAUUCACUCGGGACCCGACUCAGCUGAAGGGGGAGCUCUAUCACACGGCUCUCAGGAAGAGCCAGCAGGGCUUCGGCUUCACCAUCAUUGGAGGAGACCGAUCGGAUGAGUUCCUGCAGGUGAAGAACGUCCUGUCUGAUGGCCCGGCCGCGCAGGACAACAAGAUGGCUUCUGGUGAUGUUAUUGUGGAAAUCAACGGCACUCUUGUUUUAGGAAAGACUCAUGCAGAUGUAGUCCACAUGUUCCAGUGCAUCCCAAUUAACCAAUACGUGGACAUGGUGCUCUGCCGUGGGUACUCGCUCCCUCCUGAUGUGGAUGCAGACAGCGAGGACCUUCCACCUCCACCUCCACCUCCCACAGGAGAGAUCGUCACAGCCGUGCCCCUCAUCAACGGCCAGCCACUGCUUGUCAAAGGGGACGCCCUCCACGGCUCUUCCCAGGAGCUCCACUACGUCACCACAGAUGCCAGCGGGCGCCCGGUGGUUGCUGCUCUUCCUGCGAGCAGCGCUGCCAACGACAGACCAGAAACAGGGAUGCUGCAGCCGGAGCUGGUGAGCGUGCCAAUCGUGAAGGGACCUGGAGGAUUCGGCUUCGCUAUUGCAGACUGUCCGCUGGGGCAGAAGGUGAAAAUGAUCCUGGACGAGCAGUGGUGCCGAGGCCUGCUGAAAGGAGAUGUGAUAAAAGAGAUUAACAGGCAGAACGUGCAGACGCUGAGCCAUGCGCAGGUAGUGGAUAUACUGAAGGAUCUCCCGGUGGGCAGCGAGGUCAAUCUGCUGGUGUUAAGAGGAGGUCAGACAUCGCCUGUGAAGAGUUUAAGACCGAGAGGAGGGAUGAGUGCCAGCACUGAGACUCUGGACCGCUGCCAUGAUAUGAUGGUUCCCCAGGCUUUGACCUAUCAUUCAAACACACUGCCGUGUAGCUCUCCCAAACAAGACGCUUCCCUUCACUAUAGUAAACCCAAAGCCCUGACGGAGAGCAUAGUACCUCAAUAUAAAGAGCUGGAUGUGUUCAUCAAAAGAGAUCAGGAGACGGGCUUUGGUUUUCGUGUGCUUGGAGGAGAAGGUGCAGAACAACCAGUGUACAUUGGUGCCAUCAUCCCCCAAGGGGCGGCUGAAAAGGAAGGCCGCCUGCGGGCUGGAGAUGAGCUCAUUGGCAUCGAUGGCAUCACCGUUAAGGGUAAAUCUCACAAACAAGUCCUGGACCUGAUGACAAACGCAGCACGCAACGGACAAGUGCUGCUUUCAGUGCGCAGGAAGGUCAUUUUCCGAGAUGCCCUGGAGGAUGUUGGGAGUGGAGCGUUGACCCUUGUGAAUGGAUCACCUCGGCUUCCGCGGAUUCAGGUGCCAAGCGUCAAGGACCAGGAGUCGUUUGAUAUCACGCUUCAUCGCAGAGAUAACGAGGGCUUCGGCUUUGUCAUUCUCACCUCUAAGAGUAAACCGCCACCGGGAGUGUGUGUUUCAGUGAUUCCUCAUAAGAUCGGUCGAAUAAUCGAGGGCAGUCCGACUGACCGAUGUGGACUGCUGAACGUGGGUGACCGUAUAUCCGCUGUGAACAGUCAGUCCAUUGUGGAGCUCUCCCACAACGACAUUGUUCAGCUCAUCAAAGACGCCGGAAACUCAGUCACGCUCACCGUGGUUCCUGAGGACGAGUACAAAGGCCCGCCUUCAGGAGCCAGUUCAGCCAAACAAAGUCCAGCACCACAGCACAAGACCCUCAAAUCCACUCAGGACGAGAGGUAUAAUUUGGAUAUGGAUGAGAUCAGGGACGAGCUUACAUGGACGGAGUAUAAAACGCCAAACAGGCAAGAGUCCAAACAGGGCUGUAUUGCAGUUGAGCUGGAGCGUGGUCCUCGUGGUUUCGGCUUCAGUCUGAGAGGAGGAACGGAGUACAACAUGGGCCUCUACAUCCUGCGUCUGGCUGAGGAUGGUCCUGCUUUACAGGACGGCAGGAUACACGUAGGAGAUCAGGUUGUGGAGAUCAAUGGCGAACAGACACAAGGCAUCAGUCACACUAGAGCCAUUGAGCUGAUCCAAGCUGGAGGAAACAAAGUGCUGCUGUUACUACGACCACAAGCCCUGCUGCCAGAGAACAGUUCUGCAGGAGAUGUUAUCCUUCCUGAUCCGCCGGGAUCCCACACUUCCAACAUUCCUCUCAGUUCUCAUCCAACAUCCACCUCAGUGAAGAAGAGGACGGGCCUGACAGACGGCUCUUUAAAUCCCUCUAAAGACAGCAAGAGGGAGAAACACACCAAAACACCAAACACCAGCUCGUCCAGAGUCUCACAGCAGCCGCGGCGCAUCAAGAGUCGCUCCGCAGAGAAUCUCCUUGAUCUCGGAGAUACAGAGAAAUCCAAAAGCCCAUCCAAAGCCAAAGACAAAGCUCACAGCCACAAAGAAAAGCUUCAACAAAGCACUCGAGACUCCCAGAAGAACAGAUCAUCCCGCCAGCACAGCCGCUCCGUCAGCCCUCAAAAGUCCAGGCGAGAACGUCAGGAAGUGGAAAUUGGCGAAACCGAGGAAAGCCACUUGGACCAAAGGAAAAGUGGCACAGAUAGGAGGAAAAAACGUGAGUCUGCGGUAAGGAAGCGAAAUGAAACCCAAGAGAGAGAAUCUGAGAGAAAAGUGAAGAGCAAAGAAGAUGAAGAGGUCCAGCGAAAAGGCCAAGCUGAACUUGAAGGCACCCAAAAGAAGAAAAAGCAGAGAAAUAUAGAGAUGCAAAAUGGAGACACCCUUAUAUCCCCAGACAGGAAGAGCAAACAAACAAAGGAUAAGGGAUCUUUGAGGGAUCAGAGGAAAGAAAACAAGAAGGAAAUGAUUAGAGACGGGAGCAAAAACAAAAGGAAAGGAAAUGAGAGCGAAAACAGUAAAGACGACAUUGACAGCACAGAUGCGGCUCCGCUCUCCACCAGAGCGAGUCUAGUGUUUGACCACCCAGGACCCUUAAGUGAAGGCCUUUGGAAGGAUCCGAGUUAUGUUAGAAUUCUCACUCGCGAGGAAGUGAUGCGAGAUGUUUUCGAGUAGAUUGAUGAUGCUUUGGAAGAGAAGGUUGUAAGACCAGAAAUAUAUGCUGGAAUGUGAAUGCUUCUAGAAAAGACACUGCAGUCGCGUUUGAUCAGCUCAUCAUUAAUAUCUAGUGUCAUUUAGUUUAAAUCAUUCAUCAGGGCUGCAUGAUAUUGGAGAAAAACUGACAUUGCAGUACUUUAUUUUUCUCUGAAACGCAUUGCGAUAUUGAGUGUACUUUCACUAGAUGGAUGAAUACCUUUAGUUGGGAAGAAUUUGUCAUUUUAGGUAGAUUGGAAUGACUUUGUAUUGGGAGAGUACAUCUGUUUAAAAUAUAAACAAAUCAACCACAAGCGUUGAUUAAUAGUAAUUCAAUUCAUCUUUAUUUCUAUAGCACUUUUACAAUGUAGAUUGUGUCAAAGCAGCUUAACAUAGAAGUUCUAGUAAACGGAAACUGUGUCAGUUCAGUUUUCAGAGUUGAAGUUCAGUUUAGUUCAGCUCAGCGUGGUUUAAUUUUCCGAACACUGAAAAAUAAAUCCAGCAAAGUCCCAAACCAAGCAAGACAAAAUACAGUGGAGCAAAGAUACACAGUAUGUAAUGUUUUUUGACAAUCUUGCAAUUAAUCAAAUGUAAAAUAACACCACUGUCUUCAUCGGAUACAUAAAUAUAAACCUGACUUAACAUUGCAGAUCCUGCCAUGUGAUUAUUGCAUAUGCGCACAUUGCAAAAUCGAUGCUGUAUUGUUCAGACCAAAUUUGAAUAUGUGCACACUGCCAUCAAACACCAAACAAACAGACCAAGACCACUGAAAUAAUGAUUCUUAAAACUUUAAUGUAGAACCAUGGUGUAGAUGAAAAACUCUGAAUUAACUUACAUUUCAUUAGGCAUAAUACAGAUGAUAGGAAAUGUCAAUUAAAUAAUACAGCUGUAAAUGAGCAUGUACAGUAAAUAUUAGAAAUGCAGAGUAAUAAUUAUUUAUUUGAUGAAACUAAAAUUUUUGGACAUAUUUGGCUGAAAACCAAACCUGAAAAUGCUUUGUAAUAUUUAUUUAUUUAUUUAUUUAUUUAUUUUAUGAAAUAAUAUAAAGGGAUUUUGUAAGAAUUUCAAAUUUAACUCAGUAACUCGUAAAUUAUAAAGAUAAAAAAACACAAGCCAAUAAAAUUAACACAUUUAUUUGACAUUAUGAUUUAGAGUCAUUUUAUCAGCAUUGUCACACCAGCAAAUUAGCGCUUUUCAUUUCAUACCAACUUCAAGCUCUGUAAAAAAUGUAAUGACAAAAUGUCAAGACAACAAAUACAUAUUUUUAAUAAUUCACU